AUGGCUGUCACAUUCAAACAAGGGACUUGUCCUAAUUGUGCUACUUGUGUACAUUGCGGAACUAAACCAUUCAAACCGGCCGAACCGGGUGAUCCGUAUCGUUCGUUGAUCUCGACUACAACAAUGGUUAACGCAUCCGCGGACGGGGUUGGAUCAUCUAACCGAGUGAGCGUGAUCCCUUGGUCCUCGGAUGUGAACAAAUGCGCAGCAUGUAGCCUGGCUGAAACACGAGGAGAUGUUUGUCCCGAAUGUGAUCGAGCUUAUUUACCCUCUGCGAAACAAAUGAUCCAGUGUGACAGUUGUCAGUUGUGGAUGCAUCGAACUUGCACAAAGCUGACGGUGGAUGAAUACGAAUGGAUCGCUCGAUUACCACCAGGUCGUCUCAAUAAGUUUGUUGUCAACUGCUCCGUUUGUCAAAACGAGAAGAAACAGCAACAGAAUCAUCAGUCUGAGCAGGUUGUUGCCGAUGCAUUGGGUCCUUGCGAAUCUGGUGAACAAUCGGUGAGCUCCGCAAAUCCUCUUACUGUUGAUGUUGCCGAUUCGGAACCUGGAGUGAGCGGGGCAAGCCUUUUGCGAUCCAUGGCCCGAGACACGCUAAUGGAACGAAUGGCCGGUUUGGUGACCAACUGUCGCCAAUCCGCUGGAUCGUCUGAUUCAACUCUACCUUCUCCAUCCCUUCCAGUUGCAAACCUAAUAACAGGUGCUAACGAUAGUAAUGUAACCAUGACUCAAGCUUCUACUUCCCCUCGCUGCAGCCAGGGAUCCGCUUCACCAGUGGGCGGCCAGGACAAUGACUAUGAUAAUUGUGAUUAUAGUACUACCAAGCGAAUCCCACAGCUCGAUGGUACGGGCGAUAUAGACUCCGGUGAAGAUGAAACUGCUUUUCAGAAACGUACACCAUCAUCGUUGUCCAAACUAUACGUACCUCGUGGGCGCAACUAUAGUGUUAAUCCGCCAAUUUCUCGCGCAUCAGACGCCCUAUUGGAUGAACAUACUGAAUCGAGAGGAGAUUCACUGUCCAACGCAUCAUUGGCCCCUAGGCGACUAGUUCACUCGGGUGCCAAUACCCAUAGCACCAGCGGGUCUGGAUCGUGGAACACUCGUCCUGUCGCCAUCUGUAGUUCGCAGGAUUAUUCAAUCGGUUCGCGUACGGUACAUCGUCCGAGAUACCACGAACACGACUUUUUCCCUCGCAUUGGCAGUGCCGAUCCGGACAGGUUGAAUAACUAUCCUGGUCUACGUUUCACCAAGGCUACGGAAGAUGAAAAAUCAGCUAAUCGAUGUGCUCCUAUUCCGCCCACUAGUGCUGCCUGGCUUGUUGAAGAUGAAUCUGAACGCAUUUGGACCACUCCGCGUGCGCUUAUUUAUCGUCUGUUGACUCGUAUUUUGCACAAACUGUCCUCGCUUCCGACAAAUUCUUCACAUGCGACCACCCUUCGGCGAAUGUUGAGAUGGCUCAGUCAAAUGACCGAAUCAUCCUUUCCCUGGCUUAAUUUAAGUGAAAUGGCCAGUGAUGUGCGUGAUGUGCUUCGUCAAACCAAAGGUGAAUUCGUCCCUGUAUUGAGACAUUUCAAGCGACUUGCUCUGAUUGAACUACACGAGCUUCUUUGUCCGGUUGUGGCCCGGUUGAACGAGGUUCAACUGCAUGGUCGAAUGCCAGUGUCCGGGUUGCGUGCGGCCAAUAGUGUGCCAUCGGUGCAAUCUUUGCAUUCAACGAUCAUGCAGCAUUUGAAAUCCUAUCAUUCCCAGACCUUGUCACAGACCUCCACCCGAUUACCUGUGGACACUCCUUCGGAAUGGCGUGCCUUGAUGGAAGCUAAACUAUUCACCACACGAAUUCCAUCUAGCCAAUGUCACCGACCGCAUGAAUUGGAAGCGAUAGAGCGGAUGAGAAAUGAAGCUCGUGAAGAGCGUUGGGUCGAGCAUUGGUCAGCAAUCGAGGAAGAAAUGGUUCUUCAAUAUUUUCAGCGUCACCUUAUCCGUUUGGGAACUCGACUUUACCGUGAAUUUCAGGAGUCGGCAGGUCGAAGCAUAGAUCUAUGUGAACAGGGUUGUACGACUCCGUCUCACGGUGAGAUUCCGACAUGCAACAAACUACCGAGCGCAUCCAACACACAUUCGAAAGCUGUGGACUUGAAGAGAACUGCUGGCCACUCUGGAAAGCUAGUGACUGACGUGACCACCACCUCUGCUUCGCGGGAUCCAUUGGAAGAAGCAUUCCGAGAUGUAGAUUCUGUUCUGGCUGCUGAGCAACGAACGAAUUCCGAACUCCUCCCAUCGGCUAGAUCACCACAUAUUCAUAGUUCACCGCCACUGUCUGACGUCCCGAUUGAUUUGGACAACCAGAUUUCCUCUUCCCGUCCAACAACUCCCAUAAUUGCAAAAAUGGAACCAUUCUACUUUGCACGGAGUAGUUUUUGGACCGCUGCAGUCCACGUUAAUUGUGCUUUGUGGAGUAAUGAAGUGUACGAGGAAGAAACUGGUCAGUUAAUCGGUCUUUCCGAUGCGCUGCGUCGUGCACGAACUAGUGUUUGCGGAGACUGUGGCCGUUUCGGAGCUACAAUGGUCUGUUCAAAUGCGAAUGAUCCAACAUGUACAUUGCAUUCACGUGAUUCGGCGUUGGGUAAUGGGAACCCACGGUGUCCAGCAUCGACAGUUAGUCACCAAACGGACAGACCACAUGCUGUCCACUUCGCGUGUGCCUUGCGUCGCCGUCCACCAGCACCCCGUUCGGUAUUCACGGCUGAUCGCUCAUGGUUCUGUUCACCCGAAUGUCAUCGUGCGACUGGUCGGAAACGUCUCUCCGAUGGGAUUCGAGAAAUGCGUCGAGCACGACUUGUGAACGGCCGCCGCGCGCCUCCAUCUCCAAAAGGAAAGUUAGCUCGAUUCGAUCUAUCAAGUGAUGGUGACGAAAGCGAAGACAGUGAGGCUGCGCGAAGAAGCAAUGCGCGUACGGUAGAUCCGAUGGAUGAUGCCUCCACCGAUCCACUCUUGGAUAAGGAAGAACUCAUGAGUUUGGAGAACACUGUAGCUGAUGACUUGGAACCUAUCAGCCUGGGUGAGCUGUUAGUCUGUCGACGAGUGUUCGUCCCAUCGGACUGCUUCGCUGCCUCAUUGUAUCCUGUUUCAGUCACCAAUCGUCUUUCUGCUUACAGACCGUGGAUGGCUCCUGAUGACAAUCCCAAGCUUCAGGCUGCUGCACAGCAAGCCGUGAAAAAUUUAUCUGUGUCACCCAAUUCCUUAUAUUUUCUUCAGUGUACCGGUUUGAAUGCCAGCAGCUUAAUCAUCACGAUCGGUUCUCUACGAAUCGAUCGACUCGGUGAAAUCGGCGAGGCUUCCGAUGCCUUAUCUUNUUCGGUGAAGUCAAGUUUAGGUGAUCCGAUGGGUGCUCCCCUGCGACGUUGGAAUUAUUUGUGCCCAAUCAAUUAUCGUGCACGCCGGAUUUUUUGGAGCUGCACAAAAUUGGAUGCUCGCAUUUCCUAUACUUUACAUGUGCGUCAAACACACGCCGUGCACAGUGCUGCCGCGAAUUUUUCUUUCGACUCUCCUCUGAAUCGACCGCUUGGCCGAUUGCAAGUUUCCGGUUACGAUACAUUCACUUCAGCGGCACAGGCAUCGAACAGUGGUCAUCUCCUGGAUAAGGAACUGCACGCUUUGGCAAAACCUCCCGUUGUCCACACACCGCGAACUUUCAUGAACGAGAAGUUGACUGCACCUCCACGUUCCGGAGUUUUGGCAGCUCCGUCACGUAGCUCACAAUCAGUCAUGGCGACGGAUUCAAAGAAUGGUGAUACCCCGUUGUUGAAUCCGAGCCCGUCUUGGCAUCGUUACGACUCCCAUUCAACUAGCGCUUCGUCUUCGUUAAAUCCAGUCUCCACUCACGCACCCACCAGCUUAUCCGAGCCACUCCGAAUGAUUCCCAUUGCAUCCGCGGACAACAUCGUUGGCGAUGGUCAAAGUACAAACGUCGCUAACAGCGUGGUAAAUAGUAUGCCAAAUACCGCAGUGUCCGCCACCACGAAAGCAUUUAGCGCUAUGAGCGUCGUAGAUCCGGGUCAAGGUGUAUCGGGAAAGUUGUCCUGUCGCAUCAGUGCAUCAACCGAUCUGUCCAACACCAGUCCUCUUGAGCCAAAUCACUGUUCCUCCGUGAAGAUAGUGAAGACUGUCUCCUUGGCCAAACCCACACAGUUUGCUCAUUGCCACGCGGUGCAAACAGUUGCUUCCACCAUCAUCCGCUCCAGUAUGACGAACCCAGCAUACCCAUUGAUUUUGCCACCUGUGCCUAAACCUGUAAGCACAGCUUCCUCGUUAUCCAAGCUGCUUCGUGCACCUCACAUGUUCAACUUAAACCUGGCCCAUAUAUCUCGCGAUCCAGACGGUACAUUUGAUAUUGACGAGGACUAUAACCCUGCCGGUUCAAUGGAUCAUCCGGCUCGUAAACGUUCCCGGUCGUCAGUGCGCUACUUGCUACGACGCACUCCUUCUAUCACUUCAAACGAUUCCUCCAUCUCUGCAAAAUCAAUAUCCACGUCCAGUCAUCACCAUCGCCGCCUCCCACAUCGUAAACAUCGGCGGUCUACUUCAUCAUCUUCGACCCAUCCUGUUCAAAAACGGACUAAGCCCUCGCGCUCCGUGCCAAAACAAAUUCCGAAAUUUAUUCGAUCGCCCACUGUGUCGUCACGUACCAAACCCAUACAUCGUAGAUGGAUUGAGGAACGGAGUAAACAACAGGAACUUGCGCAUUUGGUUUCUAAAGCGAAACAGGCAAAUCAGGCUCGUCUCUAUCAGUCCGAAGUGGAAAAGCAUACACGUGCCUACCGUCUGCGCUUCGCCAUUGACGGGGUAGUUCGUGCGGCUGCUAACCCAGCAGUAGCGUGGCAAACUGUACUAGGUCGAGUUGCCGCUUUGCGCGAAAGACAUGGUCUGUCGCCGUUGAUUUUUUCAUAUGCUGACGGUUGGACUCAGUUUGGCCUCAAUCAUCGCCACGUUGUGUUCUUGAUUGAGCAAAUGCGCGGUGCUUUUCAUUGCUACCGCUAUCGUUUCGAAUAUCACCGACGUAAAGUGGAACGUCUACGACAGAAAUUCACUCCACCUGUCCCAUUGUCCGAAGGUUGUGCUCGGGCACUUAUGUGGACUAAGCCUCGAGCUCCGGCGCACCACGCACGUGAUCCUUUGGAUUUCUUAAAAUGUGCUGCCAAUCCUGCCCCACGGUCCAUGUUCAUACCACCUCCAACCAUGGCUUCUCAUUCAGAGAGUCCGAGUGCUUUCAUCACUCGCACACCCGCUGCGAUCUUGGGCUGCUCCACUCUACUCCUAAGUCCGGGCGAACCGACCACCAUGUUAUCACCAAACGAACAGAUCGUUUGUGCUGAGGCGGCAAGGCAGGCCGCUAGCCUCGUAGCUUCGCAACUCAAGCUGCCCUUACGCGUCCGAGAGGCGUGUAUCGCUCGCGCUGUAGUUCAGGCUACAGGAUUGCCGAUUGAUUCCACUGGUUCAGCGGAGUCAGGCUCCUCACGGGCAAUUGUUCGCCGUACAGCGGAUGGUGCUACGGCAGAUUCGGAUCCAUGGGGAGAUUCACCCAGCUGUUCCACAGAUGAUGAUGAGGAGAGGCAAUCGGGUGACCCCGGUGAUGAUAGUUUAGAUGGAGAGGAUAAUGAUAAUGAGAGAACAGUAUCCACACAGUUUAGACGUUUACUGUCCGGCUCGAUGGCGCGUCUGCUUCGGGUCACGGUACACCCAUCACGCAUCCAUGGCCGUGGCCUGUUCGCAUUGCGUGAAUUCCAGGAGGAUGAGAUGGUCAUCGAAUAUUUGGGAGAGCGAAUCCGUAAUCUGGUUUGCGAAACUCGCGAAGUUCGCUAUCGAGCGGCCGGCGUAGACUGUUACAUGUUUCGAAUCGAUCCGGACUGGGUAAUUGAUGCGACUUAUGCUGGGAAUGCGGCGCGAUUCAUCAACCACUCCUGUGAGCCCAACUGCUAUGCCAAAGUCGUGUCCGUAGACGAUAAAAAGCAUAUCGUUAUACUGGCUCAGCGGAGAAUCUAUCCGGGUGAGGAAUUGACGUAUGAUUACCGAUUCCCCAAGGAGUCGGAUAAAUUAUUGUGCAAUUGUGGCAGUUACAUGUGCCGGCGCUAUUUGAACUGA